CACGUUGAUGACGCAAAUCUCGAGCGCGACAGGGGAAGUGCUCAGACAGCUGCACUACAAUCACAUUUAACAUAAUAUUUUUACUACAUACAGCUGAUGAGGACUUGUCUGCGGAUAAUAUAGUUAGAGUGAUGGCGGCGGGGACAGGAGCAGAUAUCGUCUCUGAGUUCCUCAGUCAGAAUCCACACCUCGUGAACUGGGUGGAAUCGUUAAGAGGAUAUUGUGAGACAAAUAAACAAUGGCAUGCGAGGAGAGAGUUUGUCCUGCGCAAUAUGGAGGCUUUUCCUACAAUCCAACCUGGGACCCCAAGUCCUAAUUUAGACAGACUACUUUCUCUGUCUAUGGUUUGGGCCAACCACGUGUUUUUGGGCUGUCGAUAUCCACAGCCUGUAAUGGACAAAAUAAAUGAGAUGGCGGAAGGAAUCACUGUGAUUGAGGCCCCUGAGCGAAAGACUAGAGAUGAAAUCAUGGGAAAAACUAAAAGACCUGCAGUUUCAGAACUGGAUGCUGAUUACCAGGGUAAGAAGGCUAAACCUAAUGAUCCAGAUGUUAAAGCUCGUGCGAAGAAUACUCUGAAAUCAGGCCCUCCACCGGGGGCUCCCGCAGAACACCAGCCCUUUUUUAAUCGACUCUACAAGGCCGUUGCUUGGAAGCUCGUGUCUGCUGGUGGCUUUGGUCCCAACCUGGAACACUACGAAAUCUUGCGCAGUUGUGUGGAGUCAUGCAAGGCCAGUCUUAGCUGUGUGUUUGUACCUCUCAAAGACAUUCCUGACCUGCCUAUGGGACGUACCCAAAAAGAAGGCCAGGUGUGUGAACUGCGCUGCUGCACCGUCUACGUGGGUACGGGCUACGGGCGUGAUGAGUGUGCCGCCAAGGCAAUGGCUUCCAAGGAAGCACUCAAAGUAUUUCAAGGGCAAAAAGUGACAGUGAAAGUUUGCCGCCGCAGGUUCCGAGGACGAGACGUUGACGAUUUGGUUCUGCUGGAUGAACAGUCCAGGAGCCAGGUUUUCCCUCCAGCUCUCAGCUAUCCCUUUCAGGAAGACCAGUAGAGCUCCAUUCUGCCCCAGUGAUUUAAAAGAUAUAAAGAUUCAGUUGUGGCAGCCGUGGAGACGUCCCAAAGAUUUUCAUUUGGACAGUUUUGCAGUUAUGAUCAUUCAGAAUGGCACUAAGGAGAAGGACCGAGUUAUUUAGUUGUGUGUAAAAAGGAUCUUAAAAAACAAGUGCCGGUCAGUUUUGUGGCUUGUAAACGGCUUGCUCUGUUGCUUUAGAGUCUUGUUUAUGGUUUGUGGUUGUGAAGUUGAGAUGGUUUAGAUCUUCAUUUCUGCGGUUGUAGUUCUAUCUGACCUAUGAAAAAUGUUGGCAGUUUAAAAAGCGGCUAUUUUAAUUAGUAUAAAUGUCAAUAACUUUUGUUUUAUUUAUUUCUGAAACAUUACAUUGAGAAUAUACAGUCUGCAGUUGACAGUGAUUGGAUUUUUCCUGGUCCAAUAUUCAAAAUAACAAAUAUACUUAAUAAAACAAUAAAAAUAAAG